AUGGCCAUGAGUAAAGCAGAAGCACACUUUAACAAUCGCAUUUUCCGAUUGACUGAUAUUGCUAAAGAGCGACUCAAAUUUUUAACGCCUAUCCGCGGAUAUGAACAUAAGCCGCUUUUGUCUCUAGAACAAGCUGUCGAACCACUCACUUCUAUUCUACCAGCUAUCCAAAACUAUGCUAAUUUGGCCAAGCAGAAGUGUAGCGAGCCAGUUGAUGGUUUAACACAAGAUGAAUCAGCUGCUAUUAUGCUUUAUUCAAUGGGCUGGAAGCCACUCAAUAAAUGCUUAUAUGUCGCCUUCAAUGCAGCUUUGCGAUCAACAGAUAGAGAAAAUCUCAAGCCAUGGUUUCUCUUUCUCAAACUCUUCAUUAGUGCACUCUCUCGUCUUCCAUCUAUUCCGCGUCAAACUGUUUUUCGAGGAAUCAAAUUAGAUUUACAUGAACACUAUAAGAAAGGAAAAACAGUGUCGUGGUGGGGUUUCUCGUCAUGUACUAGCUCAAGAAAGCUUUUAGAUACUAAACAAGUUUUAGGCGAAACAGGUCCAAGAACAAUAUUUGCCAUCGAAUGCAUUUCAGGCAAAGACAUUCGUAAACAUUGUUAUUAUCAAUCAGAGGAUGAUAUACUUCUUCCGGCUGCAACUGUAUUCAAAGUUGUCGGAUGUUUUGAUCAUGGUUCUGGUCUUCAUGUGAUUCAACUUGAAGAAACUCAGCCGCCAUUUCCUUUCUUGCAGAUGUUUCCACGUAUAUUUUUGGAGAAGAAAACUAUUGCUUGUAAGUUAUUCAUGACUACAAUUUUUAAGUAUUCUGCAUCAUUACACUAGUCUAAUCUAUUUUCGGUGCAAUACAAAGUUUAUCAGAUUGUUUUGAUAAAGUAGAGAGGAAGAUAUUUUAGAAUACUUCGACGCUUCGAUUUGACUCUUAUGACAUUUUGCUUC